UUUUUUUUUGUUACUAUUAAGAAAAAAAAAAAGGCCUUUUUGUUCCCUUUUGUUUUUUUUUUCUUUAAAACAGAAAUGCCUCUUAUUAUUAUGACAGGGAUCCCUUCAAGCGGGAAAACACAAAGAGCACUUGAAGUACAAAAAUAUUUGACUGAACGAUUACAAGAAGAAAACAAGUCUAUGCGAAUCCACCUUGUUAAUGACGAAUCUCUUCAUAUUUCUAAAGAUGCUUACAAAGAUGCUAGAGAAGAAAAAAAAGCACGUGGAGCCAUGUUAUCAGCAGUGGAAAGACUUUUAAGUAAGGACGAUAUAGUAAUUGCUGAUGGAUUGAAUUAUAUCAAAGGAUUUCGAUAUCAAUUAUAUUGUGUGGCACGUGCUCUGAGUACACCUCAUUGUGUGAUUCAUGCUGGUACACCUGUAGCUAUGGCAAAAGAAUGGAAUGGAUUAUUGGGUGAACAAGGUUAUAGUGAACAAGUAUUUGAUGAAUUAGUAACUAGAUAUGAAGAACCUGAAGGACGUAAUCGAUGGGAUUCACCAUUAUUCACUGUUAUUUAUGAUGAUGAAUCAAUUCCUGGUGACAAAAUAUGGGAUGCUGUUGUAUUAAAGAAACCACCUCCACCCAAUUUAUCUACAGUAUCGAAACCAGUAUCAGCUACAAAUUAUGUUUAUGAAUUAGAUAGAGUAACUUUGGAAGUGAUCAAUGCUGUGAUAGAAGGACAAAGAGAAUAUGGAUCAGGUGGAUUACCUAUGGUGAUACCAAAUGCAACUCAAAAAGUGAUUAAUCCAUCAAGAAAUGUUACAUUAUCAGAAUUAAGACGAUUAAGGAAACAAUUUGUAUCGAUUAACAAAGUAAGAACUACCUUGGAUACAUCUCGUUUAGCUGAUAUGUUUGUAGAUUAUUUAAAUACCAAUUUAUCUUGAUUAAUAAAAAAAAAAAAA